AUUUUAUGACUAAACCAAUUCGUGAGUUUAAUGAAGCAGCAGAAGAUUUAAAUGCUGCAUUAAACAGCGACCUCGUCAUAUUUGAUGCCGAAAUUCCACCACUGGGUCUAAGUGUGUAUAACUUUAAAAAGCAGCAAUCAGCACGUUUUAGUGAGGUGGAUCAUUUUAUUAAACAACGUGGCAAUAAACUUCGAAUUGGAUUUGAUGAUAACAACGUUAUAAUUGGAGAAGACAAUUUAAUCAACCAAAUAACUGUACAAGGAAACACUGUUAAUGUGAAACAAGAAUUUUUAUAUUACAUCAGUAACUAUGAAGUAAGCAAUCCGUACCUCUUUAGACCUGAUGAAGAAAUUCGUACAGCCCAGGUACUAUCUGAUGACGUAAAAGUCACAUACAGAAAACCCCAAAAUGGUGUAAUGGAAAUUAAACAAGUGGUUAAUGAUUGGGUAACACAAAUAAUUCGUAUUUUCGAAGGCGAUAACCACAUAGAACUAGACUGGGCCGUUGGUCCCAUCGAUGUAAGUAAUGGUAAAGGUAGAGAAGUAAUUUCAAGAUUCACCACUGAUUGGGACACAAAGGGCGUGUUUUAUACCGAUUCCAACAGUAGAGAAAUUUUAAGAAGAGAAAACCAAAAGAGGCCUACCUACGAAUACACCAAUGAGGAACCGCAAUCCGGAAAUUAUUUCCCCGUAACUUCGAGAGUCUAUUUGGAAAAUGAAACUGAAAGUACUCAGUUCGCUAUUAUAACUGAUAGAGCUGAGGGUGCUGCUAGUUUGGAAAGUGGUCAAUUAGAAUUGAUGAUCCAUCGUGUGACAUUGAAUGCAUAUUCAUCAUCAGUUAAUGAGCCUCUAAAUGAAAUUGAAUAUGGUAUUGGAGUGAUUGCGAGAGGCACUCACUAUAUAACCAUUGGAAAAUCUAGUUCUAGUGGAGAUAAAUCAGUUGCUGAAUUUGCACAAGUCACUCAAAGAAAAUUAGCCCAACAAGUCCAUUUAAGUCCUAUCACUCUCAUAUCUUCCGGACAUUUGAAAACUACAACGACCUCACUCCUUAAUGGACAACUUCCGGAAAAUGUUCAUAUUUUGACCUUCGGAAAGUGGAAUGAUAUACAAAAUACAUACAUACUUCGUUUGGAACAUUUCUACGAGGUAGAUGACGAUCCUGUUUUGUCUCAAGAAGUUAUUGUGGAUCUGGAAAAUUUGCUUUCUUCAUUAAAAGUUGAGUCGAUUGAGGAAAAAGUUUUGACUGGUAUUAAGCCAAUUGAAAAAAGCGUACGUCUUAGCUGGCCACAGCUUUCAGAAGUUAACAAACUUAAAAAGAAAAUAGGGGAUGAUGGUCUUAAAAUUUCUUUAGCACCUAUGCAAAUUAGAACGUUUAUUUUAACUGUUAAUAAAGAAUAGUAAGGUUUUCUUAUUUAAAAAUAUAUUGUCAUUGUGGAAUUUAGUAAGGAUAAUAAUAAACUUAGCCUUUUCAUAAAUAUAAAUUUGUUGAAUGUCAUUAAAACUUAAGGCUUAAAUUAUUAGAAUAACACAACAUAUUUAUAAUCAAUAAAAACAUUUUA